AUGUUUCGUUAUCUCUUCAGACAACCGGUCAAGUUCAGCCAAUUGCUGCAAAGAGAGGACAACGAGUCACUACUGUCAUCGUCGUCGACAUCAACUAUCACGCUACGAGAUGUUAGCAAUGACAAUAAUCAUAGGGUCAUCUUUAUCGCUUUAGUCGCGUCCAUAAUCUGCAGCAGUAUCACUCUUGGCCUUGCGUUGUGGAUUGGAUUGCGUUGGCAGGGCGGCCAAUUUGUAUUCGAUGCAGACAAGUUUUGCAUCUAUCAUCUUUCACGAUAUUCACCACUUGUCAAGGAGGUACAACCCAAUUGGCACGUCGUUCAUUUCAAUGGGUCUUUUUUGAAGGAAAAUGUAUACCGUCAGUCUGCAGGACCAGAGGUUGAUGCGGCAUGGUCUGCCCUAGGCGUUGACUAUCGGAGCCUCAUAGUUCCCGCUAGCGAAGCGGAGAGAACGGGUUUGCGUCACGAUCAAGUCCAGGUCAGCGAUUACUACGGAGGGGGGUUCCCUGCCAACGUCGAGGGAUUGCAUCAUCUUCACUGUUUGAAUCUUCUUCGAAAGGCACUUCACUGGAACUAUGACUAUUACCGCGAUCAGAAGGAAGGGGCCUUCUCGAAUAGCGAAUAUGUCGUCCGGUAUCACGUGACCCAUUGCCUGGACAUUCUGCGCCAGCAGCUGAUGUGCGUGGUCGACGUAGGAGUGCUCGGUCAAGUGUGGUAUCAGCCCGAAGGGGAGGGGAAGCCGUCCCCUUUCACAGAUUUCAACACCAAUCACCAAUGCCGAGACUAUGAAGCGGUCAGGAUGUGGGCCGAGGCACAUCAACUCCCACCAGAGAGCGAGGUGGACAUGAGCAGAUUCUAUAAGAAGCCUGAGCCUGGUGACACCAUUAUUCCAGAGGUUCCGUGAAGGGGAGAAAGGUUGCUAUAUAGACAUUGGCGUAGAGAAGGACGUUUGCAAGACGAUGUGCUUACUAUCAGAUGAUUGCUCAAGUUGUGGCCUCUGUGAGGCGUGACCAGCCCACGGAAGGGAGAACUUUCUCACUAUGUGGCUAAUUCUGCCUUGGUUUGAC